CGGAACCGGAAAUUUCCUGGAAAAUUAGACACACGUCGGAAGCAUGUUUUUGUGUACAACAGUAUGUUUAGCUAGCUAGUUAGUUAGUUUGCUGUGUAGCUGAACCACAAAUGCGAAUGCUUUCGAUGUCUCUGUUUAGUUAGACAAGUCAGAAUAAAUCAGUAUUUAUUUAGUAGGUGGACGCACUGAAAUGGGGAAACCGAAAAAGAAAAGUGACCUCAGCAGGGCUGAGCUGAUGAUGAUGACAGUUGCUGAUGUCAUCAAGCAGCUGGUGGAAGCCCAUGAGGAGGGGAAAGACAUCAACCUCAACAAAGUGAAGACGAAGACCUCUGCCAAGUAUGGCCUGUCGGUGCAGCCUAGGCUGGUAGAUAUUAUCGCUGCUGUGCCACAGCACUACCGGCGGGCCCUGCUGCCGAAACUGAAAGCCAAGCCGAUUCGCACUGCCAGCGGAAUUGCAGUUGUUGCUGUGAUGUGCAAACCCCAUCGCUGCCCCCACAUCAACUUCACAGGAAACAUAUGUGUAUACUGCCCUGGCGGUCCUGACUCAGACUUUGAAUACUCCACACAGUCCUACACAGGCUAUGAGCCCACCUCAAUGAGAGCUAUCCGAGCCCGCUAUGACCCCUACCUGCAGACUCGCCACCGUGUGGAGCAGCUGAAGCAGCUGGGUCACAGUGUGGACAAAGUGGAGUUCAUUGUGAUGGGCGGCACCUUCAUGGCCCUUCCUGAAGAGUACAGAGACUUCUUCAUCAGGAACCUCCAUGAUGCUCUGUCAGGCCUCACCUCCAACAGUGUGGCUGAAGCAGUCAGGUACUCUGAACGGAGCAACGUCAAGUGUGUGGGCAUCACCAUUGAGACCCGUCCAGACUACUGCCUGAAGCGCCACCUAAGCGACAUGUUGGGGUACGGGUGUACCCGACUGGAGAUCGGGGUCCAGAGCGUUUAUGAGGAUGUGGCCCGUGACACCAACAGGGGCCACACUGUGAGGGCAGUGUGCGAGUCUUUCCACCUGGCCAAGGAUGCUGGGUUCAAGGUGGUGGCCCACAUGAUGCCAGACCUCCCCAACGUGGGAAUGGAGCGGGAUGUGGAGCAGUUCAUCUUCCAGAGGCCACCAGCCACACAGAGAUCAACACCAAUGGAUCUGGGAGGGAAGAUGAGGUUCGAGAUAUUCCGGCCAUGUUGGCGGGAAGCGAACCUUCUACCUGACUGGGACCUGGGCAGAGGAGAGAGGACACCCGGCUCUCAGACACCCGUAGAUAGACGCCUGCGACUUUGUACGCCUGCGACUUUGUACGUCGAGGAGUUUUUUGAGAACCCUGCGUUUAGGCCGGAUGGGCUGAAGUUGUACCCUACUCUGGUGAUCCGUGGUACGGGACUGUACGAGCUGUGGAAGACUGGCCGCUACAAGAGCUACUCCCCCAGUACUCUGGUGGACCUGGUGGCCCGCAUCCUGGCUCUGGUGCCACCGUGGACACGUGUGUACCGUGUGCAGAGGGACAUCCCCAUGCCUCUAGUGAGCUCUGGUGUGGAGCAUGGGAACCUGAGAGAGCUGGCCCUCGCACGUAUGAAGGACUUGGGCACAGAGUGUCGUGAUGUCAGAACCAGAGAGGUGGGGAUCCAGGAGAUCCAUCACAAAGUGCGGCCGUACCAGGUUGAGCUUGUGCGCCGAGACUAUGUAGCAAACGAGGGCUGGGAGACCUUCCUGUCAUACGAGGACCCGGAGCAGGACAUCCUGAUCGGCCUACUGCGUCUGCGUCGCUGCUCCCCUCAGUCGUUCCGCCCUGAGCUGAAGGCUGGGGUUUCCAUUGUGCGCGAACUGCACGUCUACGGCAGCGUGGUGCCUGUCAGCAGCCGUGACCCCAGCAAGUUCCAGCACCAGGGCUUUGGGAUGAUGCUGAUGGAAGAGGCAGAGCGGAUUGCCCGAGAGGAACAUGGCUCUGGGAAGCUUGCAGUAAUUUCAGGUGUUGGAACCAGGAAUUACUACAGGAAGAUGGGCUAUGAGCUGGAGGGGCCCUACAUGGUGAAGCUCCUGCACUGAACGGGGUCUUGGUGGUUUACAACCUCUUCUCACAUUUCUCUCAACCAUUACCUUUUUGUAGAACUGCAAAACAUUUUUAAGACCCUUUUUGUUAAUGAACAACUUUUCUACGUGACACCUUAAUCCAAGGUGUAGCUUCCCAUGCAGUUGCAAUGACUUCCUGGUUUAGUUAACUGACAGCAAACGAAGUUGUACUUGGAAAGUGAAACUUGCAAGUGAAGGGUUCCUAGUUCAACAUGCUCUGCAUGCAAUGAAUAGAAUGACAUGCAGUGAUGUUAUAACCUUCUGGUCAUCAUGCAGUUUUCGUUAGUUCUGAAAAUGAAAAAGAUAUGUUGAUAUUGGUAACAUUUUCUGGAUUUUCAGGGGAGUUCAAUAUUGAAUAACAUAGAAUAAGAACAAGCACCAUGGUAAUUGUGACAUUUGCUUGUAUCAUUUUAAUUUUAAUAUUGAAAAAUUAUCAAAAGUCAGUUUAUGAAAUAAAGUAUAUUUAAAAAGAAAAUACUGGCACAUGUUAAUAAUUUAUUGAUAUUUUUGUUGUUUAUUUAUAGAUGCCCACUUGGGUCAGUUUGAUUGACUGCACAAAAACAACUAGAAGAUCAGAAAACAGGUUAAAACCAAAAAUUGGUACAACAGCACAGAAUAUGGUGUAAAUUAGACGACUGAAUCUAAAUGUAGUAUAUCUGUAUCGUAUUUCAAAUUUCAUUCAUUGAAUGUGGUGUUUUAAAACUGAAUGCUGUGAUUAGAUUUUCUAAAAAUUUUUUACUUGUUUGGAUCUCCUUGAAAUGUUUUCAAAAUUUCAGUUCAGUUACAAGUUACAUUUCAGACUUGGGAGCUACAUUUAAACUCUCUGGUCCAACAACAGCCUGCGACUUUGCACCCCCAGGACUAAGCUCUACUUAGUGGGGUAUCGUGCUUCACCCACUCCCUGACUGUGGAAUGCUCUCCCAGACCAUCUGAGGGCUCCUCAAUUUCAAGGCUGGACUUAAAACGCAUCGUUUUAGGAAUGUAUUUCAUUAAAACUAUUUUCCUGUAUGCCAAA